AAAUCCUAGAAUCAUGGGACUCCUGGUGGCUGGAUGGUGUCUUCCACAGCUAUAUGACCCACGAACAACCAUACAGAGCUUCAGUGGGCCCUGGGACACCUGACAGCCUGGCAGCAUCUCCUGCAGCCAUGGGACCCUCAGUAGCUGCCAUGGGACACCCUGACAGCCAGCGAGAUUCUCCAGUGGCCCUGGGACUCCAGACAGAACCUCCUGCAGCUGUGGGACCCCCAACAGCCGGAUGGAGCCUCCCACGACCAAGGGACUCCGACAGCUCCGGGAUCCCCAACGGCCGGCCGGAGCCCCCCGGGGCUGUGGGACCCCCCUCCGCGGCGAGGGCCGGAGAGGCCCGGGGGAGCGCAGGGCCGGUUUUCGUUGAACACGAAACUCCCGAUCGAGGCGGCGCUCGGGGCUGGGCACAGGGGUCCGGACGGGGCGGGGGCCGGUUCCCCUGCAGCCGGGGCGGGGGGCGGGGGGCUGGUCGCCCCUUUGCGCCGGGGCAGGGGGUCGGGGAGCGCAGAGAUAGAGGGGGCAGAGAGAAGAGAGGCGGGCAGGGUGGGCACGGCUCCCUGGCUGUCCUCUCUCCCUGCCUCCCUCCUUGCCUCCCUCUCUGCCUUCAUCCCUCCGUCUCCCCCUCCUCCUCCUCCCCGAAGCCCGAUACUCUGUGGGGACGCUCGGGGCUGUCGCCCGGCGGCGGCAACGGGCUCAGCCCCGCCGGUCAUGCCGGUCCUGCCCGUGCUCCGCGCCCCGUCCGAACCCCCUGUGCCCCCCGGUGCCGCCGGUGCCGCCGCCUCCUCCGCUCCCAGCGCGGCGGCGGCGCCGUGAAAUGCUUUAUCGAUUAAACGAUUAUUCAAGCGAUUUAACUAAUAAAAGGCCCCAUCGAUCGCUUCGGAAUUGCAUUCCGCCACCGAGCCGCCAGGCCGCCUGCUCCGGCCGCCUCCCGAACGGACUCUGUCCCGUGCCGGUCCCCUCGCCCACUGGGAUCCCUGCUUCUGCCCCUGCUCAGCACCUGCCCCAGCUCCUGCCACAGCCCCAGCCAUGGAUCCUGCUCCUGUCCUUGC